AUGAACGGAUCCUUGAAUUUGAGUAGCAUUAAUGGAGAAACGAGCUCCUUGGGGUCAAGCAGUGUAUUGGAAACUUCUCUUGAUGAAGGAAAUUUCAAGAGUGGCACAGAUAAUGACUUGAGUGGCUCUGUAGAGAAUCACUAUGAUCAUGUUCAUGUCUGUAUUCGAUUGGCACCGAUACCAGCGGAAGAAUCAAGUGCCAAUGCUCAAACCAUUAUUGAAAUUUCAGACGUCAACAAACUUAUUGCAUACCAUCCAGAGAGUAGAGAGGGAUUAUUGUACAAAUUUGACCACUGCUUUGACAGUGAAACAUCAAAUAAUGAAAUUUUUGAAACCAUCUGUGUUCCUUUAUUGAACGCUGUCAUUGAGGGAUAUAACGGCACAAUUAUUUCUUACGGUUCGUCGAGAACAGGUAAAACGGAAAUGAUGAUUGGAAAUGAGAGAGAGGAAGGAAUCGUGGAUUUGACAUUUCGAGAAGGAUAUUCUUAUUUAUCAUCGGUGGCAGAUAAGCUCACCUACUCCAUUUCAUUUUCGUUUUGGGAAAUGAGCAACAAUACAAUAUUAGAUUUACUUGAUCCUGACGAUGAAAAGGAGUUGAAACUUAAAAAACACAGCAAACAAGGUGUAUUUAUUACAAAUUUGAAAGAAAUGCAAGUUGAAAGUUGGGAACAAUUACAAUCAUUAAUCGAUGAUGGAAUCCGAAGAAGUCAAAAAUUGACUGCUCAAAGAAAAAUCAGACUUCACUCAUUCAUGCGAUUGAGAUUGACAAGAAAUGAUAUGGAUCACCCUGAGCAAGAUGUCUCAUCGUCACUCAUGUUUGUAAACUUGAAAGGAACUGAAAGAAUUGGUAAAAUGGGAGCUAAGGGUGAACACUUGAAAGAGGGGGCAAGCUUGAACAAGAGUUUGACUGCAUUUGGCAAUGCCAUUCACAACGUGGUGCAUCACACCAAAGUGAAGGGAGCUAAAAAUCCAAAUGUGAAUAUUAACAGCUUAUUUGGAGACUCCAUGGUUACAGCCAUGCUCAGCGAAUCCCUUGGAGGGAAGAGCGCUUCGGUGAUCAUUGGCUCCAUUUCACAAACAGAAUUCCACUAUUUGGAGACGAUGGAAGCUUUGGAAAAUUUGAGAAUUGCAAGGCACAUCUCGACAUUUCCAAAGAAACAAAUACUCAACACCAAGGUCAUUGAAUUGCUGAACAAAAUCAAAGCGCUCGAAAAAGUGUGCGCUGAAGAUAAGCUUGCUCCUGGUCAUCCGCCCACGGAGGAACAAGAAAAACUCGAGUCCUUAAAACAACGUUAUAGAAAGUAUCUUGCUGGAAUGAUCGAAGAGGAGGAUUUACACGAAUUGAAAGAGGAUGAGGUCGAACUGCAACCCAUUCCAGAAAAGAAAGUUCCAAAAUCUCAAUUGUGGAAACAAAAUGAUUUGAAAUCUCAGAGACAUGGCACUCGAGCGACGGUGUAUAAACCAACAGGUCAAGCUGGUGUGAAACCAAAGGAAACCUAUAAAGGCCAAUGGAUGGAUCACCAAAAACAUGGGUUCGGUGAGGAAGACACUCCGAAAUUCAACUACACGGGAUGUUGGGUCAACGGCAAGAAAGAAGGAAAAGGAGUUUUGCGUUCGAAAGAAAAAUCGAAAAAGGUCUAUGACGGUGAAUGGAAGAAUGGUCUCAAGCACGGCAAGGGUAUUUACUAUUACGAUAAUGGAGAAAUCUAUGAAGGAGAUUGGGCGAAUGACAAGAGAUGGGGCUACGGCACCAUGUAUUUUCUUGAUGGCACCAAAUAUGAAGGAGAAUGGGCAAAUGAUAAGCAAAGUGGAAUGGGAUGUACGAUUGAAAAGAAUGGAGAUCGAUUUGAGGGUAGCUAUUUGGAUGGCUUAAAACAUGGACCAGGAGUUUACUACUACAUUGCAGCGGGUCAAAAAUAUGUGGGUGAAUGGUUUAAGGGAGUUCCAAAAUGUGGUCAACUCUUUAAAGACGUAGAGUAUGAAGAAAGUAUUGAUCCGGAAAAUGUUCCAAAGGACAUUCCUGAAAAUAAGCUUCUCGAUCGAGAUCGAGUCAUUGAGGAUGCUGUGACGUCCGUACGACUCUUAAUGGAACAGCAAGGUGUUUUACCAAUUGUCACCCGAGAGAAUUUCUAUGAAUAA